AUGAACGCCGAAGAACUACGCAAUCAAUUGGAGGAGUUACACCAAGAAAACGCUCUCCUUGCAGCACUAGAGGCACAGCAAUAUCCAACAGCUUCAGUGAAUCGCGUUGCCGUCAAGUUGCCACCUUUCUGGUCCGAAAGACCGAGCUUAUGGUUCUCACAGGUUGACUCGCAGUUUGCAAUCUCGGGAAUAACAAAAGAACAACGUGUGCGGCAACUCAUCAAUGAAGAAGAACUAGGUGACCGUAAGCCAUCACAGUUCUUACGACAUCUCCGUUCCCUUGCCGGCACUACUACAUUACAAGACAAUAUUUUACGUCAACUUUGGCUCCGCCGUCUACCAUCACAUGCACAAGCUAUUUUAACCGCACUAUUAGAGCUUCAUCUGGAUAAGGUAGCCGAGCUGGCUGACAAAAUUGUUGAAGUGCAGCCAGCCCCCUCGCAAUUCGUCCAUGCUGUUGCCAGCACGAACAAUAAAAAGGAACUCGAUGUUUUAGCUGCCAUUGUAGCACUCACAAAACAGGUAAGCGAAUUAUGUGCUAAACGCCCGCAACGUUCCCGCUCUAGGUCACGUAACCGUUCAAACGUGGAACUGACUAACGGCAAAGGAUGGUGUUGGUAUCAUAGCACUUAUGGAGAAAAGGCUGCCAAAUGUAAAGUAUCAGGAAAACUCCAACGACAGUCAGUAGCGGCGGCAACAGACUGUCCGAACCCGAGCAGCCACCUGUUUGUAACAGAUCAAAUAACAAAACGACAAUUUUUAGUCGACUCCGGUUCUGACUUAUCUUGUUCCCCUCAACGGCUACUACGGGAACGACGCCAUGCCACCGAUUACGACCUCAGCGCGGCCAACAACAGUACCAUAAAAACUUACGGGACGGUCCAUCUCAAUUUGAAUUUAGGACUUCGACGCAGUUUCCCGUGGAGUUUUAUUGUCGCCGACAUGAGUACUCCUAUCAUUGGUUCCGACUUCAUGGCAUACUACCACUUGCUGCCGGAUUGCCGUACCAAACGUCUUAUUGAUGGUGUCACAGGCUUGGCUGUGAAUGGUAAGGUUUCCUCUGUAAAUCAAUGCAGCAUAAAAUCAGUUGCCAACACUUCCCCUUGGGCUGCACUUCUCGCAGAAUUUCCGGACAUCACACGUCCCACCGGAUUGCCCAGGACAAUAAAACAUCAAACGGUGCACCACAUUCUUACGACACCUGGUCAGCCAAUAGCCUGCCACCUACGCCGCUUAGCUCCAGAUAGACUAAAAAUCGCCAAACAGGAAUUCGCGGAAAUGGUCAAUGCAGGUACCGCUAGACCUUUAAGCAGUCCGUGGUCUUUACCAUUACAUUUAGCACCGAAAGGGGAGAACAGCUGGCGUCCUUGCGGUGAUUACCGCGCGCUGAACGCCCGAACUAUACCAGACUCCUAUCCAGUCAGACACAUACAUGAUUUCUCGCACAACCUGGCUAAUUGCACGCUAUUUUCCACAAUCGAUCUGGUAAAGGCUUACCAUCAAAUACCUGUUAAUCCGGACGAUAUAUGCAAAACAGCCAUUACCACUCCAUUCGGACUUUACGAAUUUCCUUUUAUGACAUUCGGAUUGCGAAAUGCUGGACAAACUUUUCAACGCUUCAUAGACGAAGUUACCAAUGGGUUGGACUUCUGUUAUGCAUAUAUUGAUGACAUUUUAGUAUUCUCUAAAUCGGAAGAGGACCACAAACAGCAUUUACGCACUCUUUUCGGGAGACUUUCUGACUACGGUGUUGUCGUUAACCCGCAAAAAUGUGUAUUGGGUUCGGCUGAGGUGAAAUUUCUAGGUUACCUAGUAUCUUCUGAAGGCACCCGCCUGCCACCGGAACGCGUCGACGCCCUACGACAGUAUCCAUUGCCAAAAUCUAUGCAAGGAUUACGACGGUUUUUGGGAAUGGUAAAUUUUUAUCGCCGGUUUAUUCCCAAAGCUGCCGACCUGCAAGCACCACUUCACGGUAUUCUCAAAGGCCCGAAGACAAAAGGUUCCCAACCGAUAGAAUGGACUCCCGAGUUAGAAAAAGCGUUCACCACAUGCAAAGAAAGUCUUGCGUCCGCUACUCUUUUAGUNCCACAUGCAAAGAAAGUCUUGCGACCGCUACUCUUUUAG